CUGGUUACGGUGUCGAAGUGCAUUUUAUUACUCCCGAAAUGCACCAAGAAAACGGCCAAGUUGAACGUUACUGCCGCACAGUACUUAAUAUGAUAAGGGUUGAAGUAAAUUAUAAUAAAAAUGAUUGGUCAAAAGUAUUGUGGAAAUUACAACUAGUAUUAAAUAUCACUAAACAUAAGACAACCCAAUACCCGGCACUUAAUCUUCUCAUUGGCACCGAUUCGACUACUCCGUUAAUAAAUAGCUUGAUUAAAGACAUAACCUACGAAGGUUCAAAUCCAAAUCGCGACGCGACUCGCGAAUUAAAAAGGCAACGAGCUGAAGAGCUUAUUCGCGAUAAUAGAAACAAACAAGAUGCUUAUGUUAAUAAAAAUAGAAAACCUCCUAAAAUGUAUCAAGUAAAUGACUUGGUUUACGUGAUCAAGAAUUCUCAAAGCACCGGGAAACUUGAUAGUGGUAUGAGAGGCCCUUAUAAAGUAACGAAGGCGCUCCCUAAUGAUAGAUACGAAGUCCAAUUGUUGGCUGGUGCCUAUGGCAAAACUACUCGGGUAGCUGCAACAUAUAUGGUUUUAUGGAAGGGUGAAUGGACACCUGAAACUUGUGCUGCAUUUUUUGAAGAAACCAAUGAUGACAAUGCUGAGCAGUUAUCGGAUGUUGUGGGUGUUACCGGUCCAUCCACAAGUUCAUCUGAGGGCUUCAGGGACGCAGCCCCGUCAGGAGAGGCCGUGUUGGAGGAAGACUAAUAUUUUAAUUCAGCAACACCACACCUGCCUAUAUAAGACGAGAUGUUGGCGAUAAGAGCUCAUUAUUACGUUAACUUUUGAAGUGUGCGGAAGCUCUGCCGGAAUAAU